AUGCAGAACUGCAGCAUCGCCCUAAACCACCUCGAAUAUCGGUCGGAUCUGGAUGCACUUCACACGCUGGAAUCGAUUGUCAGAUGUUUGCCGGCCGAAAUGCAGACAGCCUGGGCGGCCGAUGCCGAUCAAAUUGAGAAAAAGAACAGAGAGGCGACAUUUGACGAACUCCCACAAUUCAUAGGUUGUCAAUCUCGUAUAGCAAAUAGUCGAUUCGGUUAA